AUGGACCUGAUCGCCGUCGUUACCAAGGAUGACGAACUGUGUGUUUUUCGCCUGAACGGGCAAAAGGUCUUUGGAGGCUCCUUUAAAGGCGACCCCUACCUGGAUGAAGAUGACGGUGGAGGAGAGAUCCGAGGGCUAACGUGGAAAAACAAUGGCCAUCUGCUCGCUGUCGCGUGCGCGGACAACACCGUCCGUAUCAUUAGUUCGUACAGUGGGAAAACAGUCCAUCACUACCAUGCGUACCAGCCAGAAGACGAAUGCAAGCCCGUGAAAGUCACCUGUCUGGGAUGGGGAGUAAAUUUCACAGACAGCAGGGCGGUGCAGCGUCAUCUGCAGGACACCAGCAACCAAAUCACCCUUGACGAGCUGUUGUCGCCAGAAACAAACCCUUCGACAGCUGCCGCCUGGUUCAGGGCAGACCUUCCGCGCGAGCUGGCCCUCCUGGACGUGGAGAACUCUUUACCCAAGCUGAGCACGCUACCAGCGACCGGAAGCGAUUCCCGCGCGUCCAUCGACGCGAUAUUCCAUUCCGCGUCGAAAAGCACCAGUGACGCCGUGGACGUCCUGCUGGUCGGCGCGGACAACGGCACAGUCCAUCUGCGGAUCUUCGAUUGCUUCGAGAUCGGCUCUUUCCAGGUCGGAAGUUCCGUGGGCAGCGCGGAGCAGUGCGCGAUCCUGCGCCAUGCUUCCCACCCGCUGAGCUCGACCCAUGCGUUGCUGGCUUCCACCGCGUCCUCGGGUACUGGUGCGGGCACGUUGUCCUUGCUCACGCUGGACCUGAGGUUCAUUACGCGUUCCGGACGGUAUCUCGCCCUCCUGGCGUAUAAGACCACGCAGCUGCAGAACUUGCUGCGCUAUAUCAGUCAGGUGCAGCGGCAGAUUGAGCUGGAGUGGAAGAACGCGCAGGAGCUGCCGAUGAGGUAUAUGCGUAGUGUCAACCAGGAUCUGGAGGAGAAGUGCCAUUGUGACUUUGUUACGGCAGCGUAUCAUCUCGUCGUGACCGGGGAUUGUUUUGAGCCGCUACGGCAGUUUCUGGUCGAUAUUGUUGGCGAAAGGGGACACAAACGAUGGGAGAAGGCGGUCUCGACGGGGUAUGAGAAUGUGCGUCGCUUGACGCACGAGUGUCUUCUCCCUGCUCUAGAACGAUGCGAGGUGUUGCUCAGUCGACUUAUCGGACUGUCCAAGUUUCAUAAACUGAGCGAAGUACUUGGGCUGGAGACUUCGGGUUUGAAUGCCAUCGUUGAGACGCUGGAUUGUCUUCAUCUCUUGGCCCACAAUAUCCUCAUCUACACGAACGAGGAACUAUCCCAGUUCAACGCGUUCUCUCGAUGGCUUCGCCAUGAGAUCGAUAUGCAGAGCGCCGAACCGAUGUCUCAGACGCUGGAGGAGCUCAUGGACAAGACCGAUUUGGUCGAAUACCCUCAGACACUCAAGUACAUCAGGGGCGCCCUGACCAAGAGCGCUCUGCGGCAUUUCGUACAGCAAUUGCCCAUGAUGGGCCAGCCACGACCACCCCCGGCUGCAUCGGAUAAAUGGGCGCCCACGGGACACGAUCGGUCAUUCUACGACAAGUUUAAGAAGCUCUUGGAGCACCAGGUCCAGAGCUCGAAUGAUGAGAAUACCAACGAGUCACCCAAACUCAAUGAUCUGACCAGGCGAUUGGGGCUCCAGUUCGAAAAGGUGUUUGGUCAGAUUGCGCUGACGCAACGUCGGGGCAUCCUGCAUCGAUCACCGCUUUCUCUCCACGCUGAUUGUGAUACGGAUGUUGCUGAUAUGGCCAUGGAAUACGAGGACGUCAACGGUCAAAGCUCAUGUGUGAUAUAUGUGGCAACCAGAUCCGUCAAGUCACCCCGUUUAGUCUACGUCUACCGCGUGGUCCUAGACUGCGAGAACGGCGUUAGCUCGACACGAAGCACCGCUGUCGGGGCUCUGGAUUUCCAGGAGGGUGAAGUUCGGCAAAUCCAGUUCGUGGCGGAUGAUACGGUGAUGAUUCUCUGGGCCAAUGGGAACAAGGUUUCUCAUCUUCUAAAUUUCAAACUUACACCUACCACUGGGGCUGAGCUGGAUGAGCUGGCCGCAGCCAACGAGCCUACUAUCCCGCUCCUGGUGGAGUUCACAGACAUAGAGUCCAGGCCCGGCGAGACAUCACCUGCGUUGGAGCCGAUGACGGUGGAUGUCUUUUCCUGGGGCCUGGUGAAGCAUGUAUUCCCAGCAUCGGGGGCUAAGGCUCGACCGCUUCGAGUGGACGUCAACGGACGACGUGGACGACGGGCGAUUUGUGUACUGUAUGGAGAUAGUAUGCGGUAUGAGGUGUUGGACCUGGAUGUGGAGCUGGAUGAAGAAGGAGAGGAGGGAGAGGAGUAG